CAUACACAUCAGCAAUGAAUUGCAGCAUAUAUUUUUCGUGAAUGGCGUCUUUUUGACGCUUGUUUCUGUGCUCGCUGGUGUUGAUUCAAAAUUUAUCGUUAAAUUGAAGUGAAAAUUGUGACCAAAAUAUUGACAUUCAGGUUAGGACUCAACAGUGCUGCGAUUAAAAAAGUGGAAUGGAAAGUCGUCGUGCAACAAGAGGUGCUCCAGGGGCCACAACAGCAUCUGUAGUACCUGGUCCCGCAGAGACCGCCAAACGGGGGCGAAAAUCAACUGGUCGUAAUAGAACUCCUUCGCCACCUGCCAGAAAAGUAUCGCCCGCACGAAAGGCCUCACCUGCCAGAGCGAAACGUACGUCGCCAGCCAGAAAGGCAUCUCCCGCGCGUAAGGCUUCACCUGCAAGGAAAGCAUCCCCCGCAAAAAAAGCCUCUUCCGGCCGUAAGGUUGGGCGGCCACCAAAAGAUGCGUCCAGCAGUAAAGUGUCACCUGAGUCCAAAGACAAAGAAGAACUCAGACGAUCGGCACGAAUCAAGAUUUCCGAACAACGUGACAAGAGCCCAGUGUUGAAAAGAUCGUUGAGAGAUAAGCAAUUAUCGAUUAUUUUGGAUGAUGAGGAAAUUUCAAAGAAGGGAUCACCUGCCAAAAGUACAACCCCCAAUACGAGUCAGAGAUCGAUUGAGACGACAACAGGCCGCAGUCGGGUAACUGAAUCUCGGUCUGUGAGUGUGGCUAACGAUUCGCAGGAAUUCUCUGACCAUGAGGAGAUAGAGUUCCAAAGUUUCCGCAAAGAUGAUAACGGAUUGCUUCGCGAUAAGUCAUAUGCGAGGCGAAGUGCUUCGAAGCAGCUGCAUGAUCUACGUGAAUUCGGUGGAAACUGGGGCGUUGCUGCAGUACUACUGCUGGUGCCAGCAUUCAUCUUUCUUACGAAUCACUUCUGUUCUGGUGCAGCACAUCGGGACUGCUCGUUCAAGAUUCCUGCCAAUCUGGACGAGUUCAAAACACUUUCUACGUACUUUAACCGCGAGAUUGGACUCAUCUUUUUGUUUUUCACGUGGGGAAUCGCUCUCGUCAGUACACUACCCGUUGGUAAAGCCGUGAAAAUAGUGGACGAAGUCCGUGGUCAACAAAGCUACACCUUCACCGGUUUAUCCUGUGCUGCCUUUACGGGGUUGGCAGUUUUCGUGGCCGAAUAUUGCUAUAAAUACCCAUUGAUCUCAUCCAUCAGCAAAGGCUACAAUCAGCUGUUGGUCAUAAGUCUGGUCUACGCUCUCGUUACCGCCGGAUUGGCUUUCUUCAAAUCACGUUAUGUAUCGCAAGUCAACUGGAAUCCGUACGCCAAAACCGGACACUUCCUGUCGGAUUUCUUCAUCGGGCGUGAAAUCAACCCGCUGAGCUUCAAUACCGUCAAUCUAAAAUUGGUUCACUAUCAUAUUUCCGUCAUCCUUGCUCUCCUCUUCAACUCGAUCAUCCUUUACCGUAAUCUCCAUUUCCCUACACUUCCAACAGAAGAAGAACUUUCGCUAUUGGAAAAGCUCACUUUCACCGUAAAAAAUCUUGAAUUCGAAGCAACCCCAGUUCUGGCGGCAUCCCUGACCAUCAUCUACCUUCUGGAUCUACUCGCUUACGAGCAUCAUUUAACGCACUCGUUCGACCUGCAGAGCGAAGGUUUCGGUGCCCUGCUGCUCCUCCGGUAUGCCGUAUUCCCAUUCACUCUGACCCUGCUGCCCAAAUACGUGGCCGCCCACAAACUAUCGGACGUUCCCGCCUGGGCUCUGGCACUGGUGGCCCUCAUCGCCCUGACCGGCCUCGUUAUCAAGCGAUCCAGCAAUCGCCUCAAGCAUCAGUACCGACUUAAUCCACUUGGCGAGAAGUUUAUCGAUCUGGAAACCCUGCCCACCUUCCAAGGGCGCCGCUUGCUCGUGGCGAAGCUGUGGGGUCGCGUCCGCCAGCCAAACUACGUUGGAGACAUCCUGCAGAACAUUGCCCUGUUGCCGCUACUGUACUGGCGCUUCGCUUGGCCCCCUCUGCUGGCAGUCCUAUUCACCGUGGCCCUGCUGGUUCAACGUGCCAAACGCGUCAACGAUCGGAACGCGAAAAAGUACAACUCCGCCUGGCAACGUUACUGCUCAACGGUGCGAUACAUGUUGGUGCCUAAGGUUUUCUAAACAACCACACACACAAACUGCACGACGCUACAAUUGAAUAGUUUCCAUUUUUUUUCUUUGAUUGUAAAAAAGUGUUUCUAUUGUAAGUUAACAAACUUUUUUUUUCGCUAUUUUAUUAGAUAGCACCAAAUUAGACUAUCGGACAGUUAGAACUUUUACUUUAUGAAUAGAGAGUGCGAGUAGAAAAAGUAAGCAAAAAGUUUUAUUUGAGAUGCAAAUCAGUAAAAUCAAACGAAUUUUUUUGAUUGCUAUUUGCCGAAAGAUUUAAUUGUGAAGUUAACUUCUGUGAGUUUGAAUUAUUCACUUGACGUACAGUUUUAAUAACGAAGGAAAAGCAUCUAGGCUACUUAGAAGAAUCUAUAUGUUUCUCUUUUUUUCUAAUUAGAAUGUAUUGAAUAAGGUUAAGAGAAAGUAUUAGAUCUAAGGCAGAAUUUCAAAAUAUUUGUGGAGCUAAAACAUAUCGAGUUUAUGAGUUUCAUGCAAUUGAAGGCAAUUUUACAAUUACACAUGACUAUUGUACAAAUCGGACUUAAGUGAAUUAUAAAUUAGUUUUCCACUCUGCACACAUUCAACUACAUGUGACGCUACGAGGGAAAAUUUUAUUUUUCAACAAAAGACGGCAUUUUUUUGCGUAUUUUCUAAAAUAAGUUUACAUUAAGCGAGAAAUAUUUCACUGUACUAUUUGAUUUUUUUUUAUUGAGCCAUGUUCGAGCACACAUCCACGAAACACCAUCCCAGCAUAUGCGCACGUACCUAACCUAUCUACUCUCCGACGUUAAUAUCCGAUUCCCAGCAGUGAGUAAGAAGCCAUCUGAAACGAAACGAGAUUCAUUUGCUGAAAACAGGACACUUUCUUGUAUUUUAAAACAUGUUCACUAGGGUGGGCCAACUUUGUAUGGCUGAUCACAACACCCUGCUUCCCAGUGCGCUUUCGAUCUGUAUUGAGGUCCCCAACAACUGCCAAAUUUGAACGAUUUUGAAGAACAUCAAAGUUUGUAUGGAAAAACGGAGAGAAACUAUUGCUUUCAAAAAUUCAAAAAAUUCUCAAUUUUUUUUUGCAAUCUUGAGACUUUGAUUGGAAAAACUAUGCCGAACAAAAAGUUAUUAUUUGACUUACACAGUAGUUGGGGACCUCAAUACAGAUCGCACGAGCGGUGGGAGGAUUGGGUUAUAAAGUUGAGUCACCCUAAGCUCACUGUAUAGCUAUUUUCGCGGUUUUUUGCUUUUCAUUUAUCUAAGUCGACGAAAAUUGAUAGAAUCUAAGUUAGUGCUCUUUUAAUUGUUAGUUCUUGCUGCUAGGAUCCGGUUAAGCUCACAUCUAUUAGAAAUAAAGAUUUUAGAACACGAACAAAAAA